AGUUCAGGAGCAAGUUUUAUCGCUAACUCAAUUACAAGCUCUUUGUCAAACUCCUUCCAGUAUCCCUUUGCCGUGGACCAGGAAGGCUUGUUUAUCUGCAACGGCGAUUGGUUGUCAGGGAAAAUUAAUCGCUUCAGAUACUCGCAGGCCCAGAAAACCCAUUAAGAGAACGCAUUCUAAAAGUUUGUCAUGGC